CUCUCUCUCUCUGUUAAUAUGCUUCUCCUUAAACACGUUAUCAGCACGAGCUCCUAGCCCUUGCUAGCCAUACCGUGCGCUGCCCCUGCGCUCGUUCCUGUGCAGAUCAGCAUGCUUUCACGCCUCGAAACAUCUUGUUCAGGACCUCUGAUCAAAAUACUUUCUUCAUCAAAGUUGUUCAUAUCUGUAUCUUCUAUCUGACCUCAAAAUUUCAUCCCUGUUGAAGUCGUUUUGAGAUCUGUACACCAUCCGAAGUGGGAGCUGUCCAGCACUCUCAUUCCUGUGCAGAUCAGCCUGCUUGCACACCGAGCAACGUCCUUUUCGGGACAUAUAAUCAAAAUCAUUUCUUCAUCAAAGUUUUUCAUCUAUGUCUCUUAUAUCUGAUCUCCAAAUUUCAGCCAUGUUGAAGUCGUUUUGAGACCUGUACACCAUUUGAAGUGGGAUCUGUUCAGAAGCGAAUUUGCUCCGAAUUUCAACAAGAUGUCGAAUGAACCUAGACUCGACUUUCCAAUACUUGACUCAACAGGCUCGGAAUACCAUGGCUGGGUAACCGACGUUGAGAACCAUCUCACUGCAAAAGGGAUAUUGCCCAUAAUACAGGCACCUAUCCAGGGCCUUGUGUUCCAACGAACACCCACAAAGCAUGCACAAGCUAUUAUCUUGAUGCGACGCCAUAUGGACAAAACACUCAAAUUAGAGUACAUGUCAAUCAAAGAUGCCAGAGACCUAUGCGUAGCGCUAGAAGAGCGUUUUGGUAAUAUCCAAGAUACCCUCCUCCCUGACUUGAAGGUUCAGUGGAACAAUAUACGCUUCUCCAACUUCAAGUCUAUUGCUGAAUACAACUCAGAAGCUCUUCGCCUCAAAGCCGUGUUGAGGUUCUGUGCAAAGCCCCUCACAAAAGAAGAACUAAUUGAGAAGACUCUCUCCACCAUCCCCGUCUCAGCAAUUGUGAUAUCAAAGCAAUAUCGCACUGAAGUCAAUGCUGAAUGAAUUACGAGAUUUAAUGAGCUCAUCAAUCUUUUGUCAAUAGCUGAAAAGCACGACAACAUCCUCGUAAAGAAUUAUCAUUUAAGGCCCACUGGAACCAAGAGCGUUCGUGAGGCGAAUUAUAAUGCACCCAAAAGAGGGCACAAGGAGCGGUACCCUAAUAACAGGGGACAAGAAGGACGAAUGGGUCCAUAUAACCGCCCCAAUAAAGAAGGAAACCACAACUUUAGAGCAGACAUACGUGGUGGAAACUACACACGUGGGAGAGGUGGAUACGAUAGUAACAUGGGCCGAGGAUAUGGUAACAAUAUGGGCCGUGGAGGUCGCACCAUGAGACGUGGUAGUAGCAGCAACCAUCCUAGGGAAUAUCCACAACGUGGACAACCUGCACCUCAAAUGAAGGGAGGUAACCACAAUGACAUGUGUUAUCGAUGUGGAUCAAUUGAGCAUUGGCUCAAGCAAUGCCAUGCAAGUACCCAACUAGCUGAAAGCUACAAGGAGUAUAGACAAUUGAGAGAGCAAGAAACCAAUCUUGCUGAAGAUGAAGAUAUCAAUCUUGCUGAAGAUAAAGACGGUGAAGAUAUCACUCUCACCACUGAGGACUUCAAAGCUGCAAAUAAAGAGCACGAGGAUGCCGCAGACUUUGAUUAGAAUAGUCCUUUCUAUUUUCCAAUAAACGGCAAAUGUGCCUUAGUCAAUAAAUGACAAUUGUAUU